CCCAACAUAAAGUUUAUAGCGAUAUUAUUAAGCUUGAAAUAAAUUUUCGCAGAAUUUGUUGCUAUAUAUUUCUGUGUUGUGUGCAGUUUUAAGAUUUAAGUUUUUUUAUAAAUGCACUGGCCUAGCCUUAGUUUAGGUUCAGUCAAAAUUUGAUUCUCAAUCGUGUUGUGUUGGAUGGCGUGUGUUUUAAAUUUGUGCGGGUUAUAGAUACAUUUCAACGGAUAUAAAUAUUUAUUCUAAUUUAAAAAAAAAAAAUAAAGUUCAUCUUCAUCAUCAUCAUCAUCUUCUUAAAUUUUAAUAAACCUUCAUAGACUUUUGAAUAAUCGUGUGAAUUUAUUGUGUGUCGGAUAUUUUUGUAAACUAAGAAGACAAAAUAUAAUAAACGUUUGUCACAUAAUUUUAAAUAAAUUACACUCGAUUACACAAGGAUACAAAAAAAAAACAAUAAUUUUAUCAACAGUAUUAGAUUGGUUUCACCUGUGGUGCCAUAGAUUGAAUUUCAAUUAAAACAAAAAUAAAGAUAAAAAUUAAUAAUGGCAAAAUUACGAGUCUCAUUAUUUGUCAUUAGUUUGAUGUUCUGUAUUAUUGGAACCAUAAAUUCAGCAGUAACAACAGGUUAUUUCUAUGACAACCCGAUCAGACCCUUUAACCCGACAUCAUUUUCUUCAGUGCGUUCCACAGGACAAUAUUCUAGCAUUCCAUAUGGACAAAAGACUUCAACAGCUGGUUUGCUAGCUUCUCCCGAGAUCUAUGUCGUAGACGGGCGCCAACUGAAGCAAUACAAGGUCUAUGAACACAUCGACAACGAUAUCGAUCAAGAAGUCCACAAUUUCCUUCCGGCUGACUUCUUCCUCAACACUUAUCACUCAAUGAUUGGAGACACCCAUCCUCUAGGUGAAGACGUCCAGGUUCAGAGCAGACCUCCGAGUUUUCAGCAGAGAAGUCAACAAAUUCGUCAGCAAACACCCAACACCGUUGCUCUAGGUUCUGGGGGAUUGGGCUUUGUUAAGUUACCGAAUGGGAAUGUUUACCUGGGUUCCGGUUCGUUAGGCUAUAUAAGUAGCUUGCAGCACUCACAGGAUGUUCAAGAUCUCAGAAGUCGUUCGAGCUUAUCAGCACCAGACGCACUUCACUUUGGACACGGUCCAUUGAGUGAUAGCUUCUAUUACAGAAAUCAGAAGGAUUAGUUUAUUAUGUUUGUUCGACGAUGAUGAUGAUGAUUCGUUUUUGGUGUAAAAACAAGUCGCCCUUUGUAUGAUUUUAUAUUUUAUUUGUUUUUUUUUCUUUAUUUAUCACUGAAUCCUAUAAUUUGUAAUAAAUGUAAAUAAAUUUUAUUAAAAAAA